CGGGCAGACUCAGUACUGGGACGCGGUCAGAGGACUGCGAUGCCACCAAAAGUGAACCAACAGAGGAAGUCCCUGUUCACCCGGCCUCCUCUCCUCUCCCCUCCAAUCACGAGGAGUCUUUCUCGGACGGCCUCCCUGAUGAAGCAACGACCGCAGACAAGGACGGCGGUAAGAAGUGCCUCUGUUCUGUGUGCGGGAAACGUUUCAAGAGGAAGUUUGAGCUCGUCAACCACCUCAGGAUUCACAGCGGCGAGAAGCCGUACGAGUGCCUGGACUGCGGGAGGCGUUUCACCCUGAGGUCGCACCUCGUCAAGCACAGGAAGGUGCACGCGGUUGACCGUCCCUUUUCGUGUCAGGAAUGCGGCAAAGGCUUUACCCGGGAACUGGACCUUCUCAAACACCAGAAGAUCCACACAGACGAGCGGCCCUUCCCCUGCCCCGAGUGCGGGAAGCGGUUCCUGUACAAGGAGCAGCUCACCCGCCAUCUUCGGGUCCACACGGGAGAAAAACCCUUCCCGUGUUCCGUGUGCGGGAAACGCUUCUCGAAUACCACCAACCUGGGCGCGCACCAGGUCGUCCACACGGGCGAAAAGCCGUACCAGUGCUCGGAGUGCGGCAAACAUUUCACGCACCAGUCCAACCUCAUCAAACACCGGGUGACGCACACCGGCCAGCAGCCGUACCCGUGCACCGAGUGCGGGAGGAGCUUCUCGCGGAAGAUAUGGCUGGCCAACCACCUGCGGACUCACACGGGCGAGCAGCCGUUCUCCUGCCCGGAGUGCGGCCAGCGCUUCGCCCAGAAGGCCUGGCUCAUCAUCCACCAGAGGACGCACACCGGCGAGCAGCCGCACGUGUGCUCCGAGUGCGGGAAGAGCUUCUCCCGCCGGUCCGGUCUCCUGUAUCACAAAGUGGUCCACACCGGGGAGCAGCCCUUCGCCUGUUCAGAGUGCGGGAAAGCGUUCGCGCGCAAAGCUCACCUCGUCAGCCACCAGCGGCUCCACACCGGGGAAAAGCCGUUCUCCUGCCCCGUGUGCGGGAAGUUGUUCUCACAGAAUUCGAACCUCUAUUAUCACCUGAGGGGUCAUCACAAAAUCCUUCGCUCCUCCUCCCACACUCCCUCCGAAUGUCACUGUGUCAUCAAACAAAGCCCGGAUCGUCGAGGGGAGAGGUAUGCCUCCAGAGCCGUGAGUCCCAUCCCUAUCCCUUGCACCUUCUCGGGCCACCCUGGAGCCAUCGUUAUAGAGCGGCAGGUCCUGGGGUCGGGUGGUGUGCAGAGUGGACCACCAACUUGUACCGUGGCUCUUCCUGAUGUCCGGGAUGGCCGGGCGCAAAGGGGAGGAUUCCGAUGUCACUUGCGCUGGGUCAUCACUCCAAUUGUGGUGAGCCCUUCCAUCAGCAGAGGUAGAGGUUCCCCCAACACCUUGGUCUUACAGUUUUUCCUCAUCAUGACCAUGUAUGACCUAGACUUGUCCCAGUCAUCUGCGAUCGAUCAUCACUCCAACCAUGGAGGCAGCGGAGCACAAGACUCCCACCUUGACCGCACACCAAGUCCUCGAGAUGGACAACAACUGCAGUCAUGUGACAGAAAAAAUAUUAAACCUCGCCCUGGAGAUCAUCUACCUGCUGAUUAUAUGAUUAUGAAAAAGUCAGGCGAAUGCGUUACGCGCGUCAAGUAUUUAUCAGGGGGGCGAAACUGCAGCCGAAACUCCACCCCGCCUCACGUAGCCGAAAAGAAUAAAGAGCAGAAGAUCCUGGAACUCACCAGCAAGAUCCUUGAGCUCCUGACGGGAGAGAGCGAACUUCUUCUCGAUAUCAAAGUAGAAAAUAUAGAAGAAGAGGCCUAUCCAGUGGUCUACCAUCCAUGUAAGGCAGAGGACAUUCCAUUGGAGAUCGGCACAGCCGAUGGAGGUGAUAUGGAGAAAGCCUCCGAGGAAGAGUCCUUCUUAUCUCCCGAGUGUAAGACCGAAAAUGAGGACUUCACAGAUGAUUCUUCGACAGAAAACCCCAUCACUACAAAUCUACGGGGAGGACUUCACCGGACGGGUAGAGUGCCAGAUCCCUCACAUCCCGAAGAACCUUCUCCUGAUGUAUCUAACACCAUCACCCGAGAUGUCCAUCACCACGCAGAGAGGUCCCAGGAUCCUUCUUUUCCCGGCAAGUCCCCGGGCAGGAAUGAAGUCCAUCCACACGGCGACUCUGAUAAAAGUGUCAUGCCGACUACACGGAUUGCCGUGAUAGAGAGGCCCUUCGCCUGCCCGGAGUGCGGCAAGCGAUUCGCCCAGAAGCCAGAUCUUGAGGAGCACCAGAAGAUUCACACCAUCGAGCGUCCCUUUCCAUGCUCCGAGUGCUGGAGGAGCUUUUCGCACAAGUCAGACCUUGUCCGCCACCGCCGGACUCACACCGGGGAGCGGCCCUUUACCUGCUCGGAGUGUGGAAAGUGUUUUGCCCAAAAGUCGGUCCUCAACCAGCACCACAGAGUCCACAACGGCGAAAGGCCCUUCCCCUGCGACUACUGCGGCAAGUGCUUCAGCCAGAAGUCCAUCCUCACCAAGCACCUGAGGACUCACACGGGCGAGCGCCCGUUCCCUUGCACCGAGUGCGGCAAAUCCUUCUCUAGGAAGUCCAUCUUGGUGGCGCACCAGCGCUUCCACUCCCAGGAAAAGCCGUUCCCUUGCCCCGAGUGCGGGAAGUAUUUCCGACACAAGUCCCACCUGGCUGAGCACCGUAAGAUUCACACGGGCGAAAAACCUUUCCCGUGCUCGGAGUGCGGAAAAUGUUUCCGGUUUAAAUCGGAUCUGGUCCGGCACCUGAGGAUCCACUCGGGCCUGAGGCCUUACCCCUGCCCGGAGUGUGGGAAGUGCUUCAAGCACCGGAACUCAGACCUGCUGAAGCACCAGAAAGUCCACCAACGAUCGCAGCCCAUUAUAUGCACCGAGUGUGGGAAGAGCUUCACCAAGAAGUCGCUAUACGUCCGUCACCAGAGGAUCCACACGGGCGAAAAACCGUUCUCCUGCGGCGACUGCGGGAAAUGUUUCGCCGUCAGUGCUCACCUCACUACACAUCAGAGGAUUCACACCGGGGAAAAGCCGUUCGUGUGCGCCGACUGCGGGAAAAGCUUCAACCAGAAGGCGUCGCUUAUAAAACACCGGCGGACUCACACCGGGGAGAAACCUUUCGUCUGUUCCGUGUGCGGGAAGUGUUUCACGAGUAGCGCCAAUCUCACCCUGCACCAGCGGGUCCACACCGGGGAGAAGCCCUAUUCGUGCUCGGUGUGCGGGAAGAGCUUUCGGAGCAGCCCCAAUCUCAUCUCCCACCAGAGGAUCCACACAGGCGAAAAGCCUUACUCCUGCACGGUCUGCAACAAAUUCUUUACCAACAGCUCCGUCCUGGUGCGGCACCAGAGGACGCACACGGGGGAGAAGCCGUAUCUGUGUUCAGAGUGCGGGAAAGGCUUCACCCGGAACUCGCUGCUCAUAAAACACCAGCUGAUCCACCGAGGACAGAGGCCCGAGCGUCCUUUCCCGUGCACGGAGUGUGGGAAACGUUUCACCGAGAAAAGAUUUGUUCUCCGACACCAAAAAAGUCACACGGGAGAGCGUCCUUUCCCGUGCUUAGAGUGCGGGAAAUCUUUUAGCCUGAAAGAAAACCUUCUUAGACACCAGAGAAGUCACACGGGAGAGCGUCCUUAUUCAUGCUCGGAGUGCGGGAGAGGUUUUAGUUCGAAAGAUAACCUUGUUAGACACCAUAGAAUUCACACGGGUGAGCGUCCUUUUUCAUGUUUAGAGUGCGGCAGUUCUUUCACUGCCAGAGGGGACCUUCGUAAUCACGAGAGAACUCACACUGGUGAGCGUCCUUAUUCUUGUUCAGUGUGCGGGAAAAGCUUCAUUCUGAGAGGUACACUUGUAAGACACCAGAAAACGCACAUAGGUUAACUGCCGCCCUAUUCAUGUUCAGUAUAUAGGAAAU